CUGCUCAAGUUUAAUGAGCGUUGUUUGCUCACUAUCAGCCAAGUAAACAUGGUGUAUGUGGGCUAUAUCGUCUUCACUCUCUUGGCAGGACUCUUCAUCACGCCACUGUCUAUCUUGUGGUUCAUCAGCUUCUGCCUCGCCCGGAGGAAACAUGACCCUGCCAGAGUCGGCGUCGCCUGGAUCAAGGCAGUAUUUCCCCUCUGGAUAAUAUCCUUGUCUUUAUAUACCGUCUCAGGGGCCCUGAACCUCUGGUCAACGUCCGACGAUGCGUACGAGUACCUGGACUCUGAUGCAUUGGUGAACGUGCAGGUCGCUGCCAAUCACGUUAACGCCACCGCCUUCUUCUUCGCAAACCUUGCUCAGAUUUGCCUCUUCAUCACCUAUAUCGAAUUGGCGAACGGGUUUAUGCUCUGCCUGAAGGGCGAUGCGAAGGCCGCCCCAAGUCGCCGAUUCGCCCGCAUUGCCAUCUCGGCCUGGGGUUUUGUUCUCUUUGCGCUGGCCGUUUCCUCCUUCAGUGUCUCCCAUGCGCUUGGUGUGCGGUUCCGCAGGAUCCUGACCGACGAUUACUCGACAAGCCGAGAGCGCAGCAGCGCAACAGCCGCCUACAAUCGAGACGCUCACACCUUGACGCGUCUGCUCAUUGCGCUCGACAUCCUCAAGUGGCUCACCAGUUUGAUCAUGCUUAGUGCUGCGUCUGUUGUCGUUCACAGAACCAGAAACAAUAAGAUCUUGCGUAAAGUCGCUGUCCUCUUCCUCGUCGCGACGAUCCUUGACUUCAUACGCCUCAUCGUCGUUAUGGCGAUCUCCAUCCACCAGAACUUGACCCCCUCCAUCACGUUCGGAUCGGACCAAGAAAUCCUCGGCUAUAUUGUCCAACCCCUCUUCGAUUUCGUCUUCAUGUUUGUCCUCCUCGUCCUGCUCUUCACCCUCGCCGUCCGCAAGCGCACCGGCCUCUGGUCACAGCCGCAGCAAGAGUGGCACUACCCGACCGUCGUCUACGUCCCUGCGAUUCCGGGCCAGCCGAUGCCCGCCGGCGCCAUGCCUGCACAGCAGCAGCAACAACAACCCAUACCUGCACAGCUGCAGCCUAUGCACAUGCAGCAGCCCAACCAGGGACUACCGGCGUACCUCCAGGUUGCGCAGCAGAAGCAGAUGAUGCAGCAACAGCAGCCGCAGCAGCAAGUGUAUGCGUAUUACCCCCAGCCAAUGCAGCAGCCGGCACCUGUGUAUCAGCAGCCCGACGUCCAACAGCAGCAACAGCAGGCGCAGCAACCACAAGAGGCAAAACCAGAUGCUUAGAGCGUGCUGAGGCGGGGUGAGGUGGUAACAUGGGUCAAAUGGAGACAUGGGCUUUUCAACGUCUUUCAGAUGAUGAUGAUUCCGUCAUGGGCUGCACAAGCAAUGUCUUGUAUAUAGGAUAUUCAAGGUUCUGGAUAUGAACGGAGCGUGCUAGCGAGAUACCAACAACUUGAUUCCCUCAUUUCUCUCUCGAGCGCUCUGUCUUUUACUCUCAAAGCAGCCAUGACAACCGUGUAUGAGUUGGGAGGCGAGCGUCGUAAUUAAUGAACACCAAAAUCAAAGCUGGCGUCCGAAGCAGGAC